GGGGACGCCCGGGGAGGCCCCGGGGAGGCCCGCAGGACACCGCCGGGCCCGGCCGGACAGCGCCGCGGGACGCGGGACGCGGCCCGCCCUCGCCCUGUGCCCGGCCCCGGUCCCGGCCCCGGUCCCGGCCCGGCCCCGCCGGUACCUGCCGCCCGCGCUGCCUCCGGUGCGGCUCUCGGCGCCCCCCCUGCGCAUGCGCGGGGCCGCCGCUGCGCACGCGCCCCGGCCCCGGCCCUGCCCCGCGCGCGCGCCCGCCCGCCCUCCCUCCCGCGGGAGCGCGGCCCCGAGCGCGGCCCCGAGCGGGGCUGAGGGGCCCCUCACAAACCCCUCACAAACCCCUCACCAGCCCUCCAGUCGCUGCCCUCCCCGCUCGGGACCCGGGCUGGGUGACAAGGGGCUCUCGGCUCACAGGCUGGAUGGACUCGAAGAAUUCACAGCGUUAGGGAGUCGGACUGCAAAGCCAGCGAGUUCUGCCUCGAGGCCCCGGCCAAAGCUGGGCUGCCUGUGGAAGAGGAUGGAGAAGGCAUCAGUGUAAUGCUGUGUGCUGCCCAGGAAACACCUGUCAACACGGGAAACCUGUGUUACUGCUUCGUGAUCUCUUAAAACUGUAGCUAAUAAAUAAUAACAAAACCGGA